AUGGAGCCUGCUCAGAUCGAUUGGAAGCGAAUUGAUUCUCGUUUUGUUGAAGACGUCUUCUACGAACACAUCCGAGCUCCCAAAUGGGUCGAUUUCUUGGCCCCAAGCCAUUUAGACUCCAUUGACGAUGAUGCUUGGUUCUGCAAACCUGACUGUAACCAUCCCAAGAGACCUGAGGACUUCCUCUCGACGCCCACUUCUUCCAAGCAUCCAUGCCUGAGGGAUACGAUUGAGACUCAAGGAGUUACAGAGCAGAAGAAUCAGAGGUGGAAGGGACAUGCUUUAUCUUCUUCUACUUCAAACAACAAAGACAAUGAAAACCAGAAUCCGAACUUGUCCACGCCUCCAAGCCAAGAAGCAAAAUCAUGGCGAGCAGCGAUUAAAUCAUCUUCCGUCAAGAAAAUGAACAAAGAGAUUCCAAGACUAAAGAGCACACAAUCAGCAAGGAAUCUGUUCUCAGGGAGAGACAUUCUAGGCCAUAUCUCAGAGUUCUGCUACGAGCUGAAGAGAUUAGCCACAAGGGUGACUGAGAGAGAAGACACUGGGAAAUCUGAAGUGAAGGAGAUUCAUCAAGCGGGUGUGAUAAAUCAGCCUUACUCUGUUCGUGAACUAGAAUUGAAAAAGGAGAGAAAGCCACUGCUCGAAGUAACCAAAGAGAAGCUCCAUGAUUCAGAAGAUAAAGGAAGCACCUUUAAAGAGAACCGUAGAAGAAAGAAGAGAGUGGAUGAUGCGGAGAACAUUCCUGUCUCUGUUAAUGUGGAGAACGUAAAGAUCAACGGAGAGGAUUGUAGAAGAAAGAAGAAAGUAAAUGAUGCAGAGAACAUCCCUAUCCCUCUAAAGCUGGAGAAUCUAAAGAGCAAAGGACACGAACGAUUGAUGCAGAUCAGAACAAACCCACCAUCUCCUCAAUGCUUCUCAGAGAACCGGACUGCUUCUUUGAAGACCUUCAGGACCAAAUCUACGGUUGAAGAAGCGGUGAAGAGAAAGGAGGAAGAAGCAGAAGAAGAGAAGAGCAGAAAGAGUGGAGAAAGCAAGGAAGGGAGAGGCUUGGACGUGCUCUGGUUCCUAAAGCCUUGCACAAUUGCAAACUAA